GCGCGCGGGGUUUACCUCAGCGCCGUUUACCUCAGCGCCACCCGCAUCUCACACUUUCCUCCCUCCCUUCAUUCGCCUCUGCGGAUUCUCCGGAUUGGGUGCUGACGGUGGUCACGUGGCGUGUGAGGAGCGGCCGUGUCCUGAUCGUGACUGUACAGGGGGAACAGGCGCAUGGUCACAUCCCAAAUGAAGAUUUCCAAGAGACGGAAAGGACCAAACUGCUGUAGUCCAUUUGCCAGAUUAAUGGGCCGUUUAAGCUGGGGGCGGCCCGAGUGUUGUCGGGGUGGCAGUGUUUAACUCCUGGGCUGCAGGAAAACGACAACAUGAAUGGAGCGGCAGAGACACAGGACAUCCUCCCUCCCAACUGCAUGGUGAAGGAGCGCUGGAAAGUGCUGAAGAAGAUUGGUGGUGGAGGGUUUGGAGAGAUCUACGAAGCUCUGGAUCUGCUGACAAAGGAAAAUGUGGCUUUGAAGGUAGAAUCGGCUCAGCAGCCCAAACAGGUGCUCAAAAUGGAGGUGGCAGUGCUGAAGAAACUGCAGGGUAAGAACCACGUGUGCAAGUUCAUCGGCUGUGGGAGAAAUGACAAGUUCAACUACGUGGUCAUGCAGCUUCAGGGGCGGAACCUGGCAGAUUUAAGGCGGAGUCAGCCACGUGGAACCUUCACCAUGAGCACAACACUACGUUUGGGAAAACAGAUCCUGGAGUCCAUUGAGGCUAUUCACUCUGUCGGCUUCCUGCACAGAGACAUCAAACCGUCAAAUUUUGCCAUGGGGAGACUGCCAUCCACAAAGAGGAAGUGCUACAUGCUGGACUUUGGGCUGGCGAGGCAGUACACCAACACUAAUGGAGAAGUGAGGCCGUAUUUGAGUUUUAAUUUCGGAUAUGCAUGCGCAGCCCACACACUCGGCCUACUGCGUGCCAUCCCCAGAACUGUAGCUGGUUUUCGUGGCACGGUCCGGUACGCUUCAGUCAACGCUCACAAAAACAAGGAAAUGGGUCGCCAUGAUGACCUGUGGUCUUUGUUCUACAUGCUGGUUGAGUUUGCGGUUGGUCAGCUGCCCUGGAGAAAGAUCAAAGACAAGGAGCAGGUCGGUCAGGUAAAGGAGCGUUAUGAUCACAGGAUGCUGCUGAAGCACAUGCCCUCUGAGUUCAACAUCUUCCUGGAGCACAUCUUAAGCUUGGACUACUAUACUAAACCUGACUAUCAGCUGCUGAUGUCAGUGUUUGAAAACAGUAUGAAGGAGCGCACCAUGGAGAACGAGAUGUAUGACUGGGAGAAGAGCAGCACAGAAUCGAUGCUCUCCGCAAACGCACAGUCCACACAGCAACACACACGGCAUACUGCAGCCAUGGCCAGAGUGCUAAAUGUGAGCCCGGUCCCUGGAGACAUGCAAAGAGAGAACACGGAUGAUGUUUUGCAAGAUGAGCACCUGAGCGAUCAGGAGAAUGCCCCACCCAAUCCUGCACCCGCAGCCGCAGAGAACGGUUCUGCACCCCCUGACGGAGAUGAGUGGGACAGCACUGACAUUAACCGCAACAAACUGAGAAUCAGUCUGGGAAAGGAGGAUGAGGGGAACCGAGGGGUGUGUCCUGUCUCACCACAGAGGGUAGCAGGAGGGGCAGAGUCUCCCAGCGCACAGAUGCGCUCUCUCAGGUCACGGAUGGAUGCUCUCGGCUCUCCAUCCCGUCAUCUUUACUCCUCACAGCCGGCCCAGAUGCUAUCCAUUGAUGGUUGUCGUGGAGACCGCUGCCGCAACGAUGGUUCUGAGGCACACAGCAACGCCUUUAUCCGGUCUGUGCCACUGGCCGAGGAGGAGGACUUCGACAGCAAGGAGUGGGUCAUCAUUGACAAAGAGGCGGAGCUCAGGGACUUCCAGCACCGCCCACUAGGGGCGGAACCCACCACAUCUGGCACUACGGACGAUGAGCCGGAGGAGCUCCGCCCCCUGGAGGAACAGGCCACACGGCCAAGACUGAACACUAGAGGCAUGGCCGAAGGGGAGGUGGCAAGGCGGCAUGGGUGGGGCCAACCAACAGACAGUCCUGCACCAUCACCAUGUCACUCAGGACGAGCCAGACGGAGAGAGUCUGAGCCCAAUACGCCUCACAGACAGGUGGAUGAGGAUCGACCACCAUCUCCUCGUCCCAAUCAGCUCCGCCGUCUCGCCUCCUACGUCUUCUCGUCCUCUGCUCUGGAGACAGAAGAGUAUCCGCACUCAUCCUUCAUUCAGCGCAGUCGCUCGGCAGAGAGCAGCCCAGCUCACGCCAACCAGCGACUCCACCCUGGGAUGCCUCGCCCACGUUCUGCCAUGCUCCGCCCACAACGUCACUCAGUCCUCUCUCCACGUGCUCACCUCCAGCACAUCCUCGCUAAACUGAUGCACAAAAACAGCUGAGAGUGGACACACACACACACACACACCUCUCUCACACUCGCUCACUCACACAACACAUAUGCUACACACACAUCUCAGCCAACUCUGCAUCAGGAAGUGUGUCUGUGUGUAAUCGGUUGGCGGCGUUCACGUUCUGGCAUUUCCUGCUUUCAGUGUUUUAUGCUGGCCCUGCCAUGCUAUCAGCUCAUCUCUUAAAUGUGCAGCGUAUAUGCAGCAGCAGCAGCAGCGUGGCUGUGAAUAAUGGCGUGAUUUCUGCAGGUUCUUGUUGGUGAGGAACGGAGAGCUGAGCGCACUAGAGCUGCUGUGCUUUUACUUGUUUUCUAUGGUCUUGUGUAUCAUUUCAAAAUGAACACUCAGCUUUUUAUCUGCUUCUUUGCACUUUAAAAUGAGACUUUUUUAAACGGGUGACGCAUUAUAAAAGUGAUUUUUAAAGCACCAGGUGACAUCACUGAUUGUUAAAGGCGCGUUAACGAUAUCCUAGAUCAUUCAAGGUGUGCUAAGUGAAAUCACUGACUGUUAAAGGUGCGCAAAGUGAUCUCAUUUGACCUUUAAAGGUGUGCUAAGUGAGUGAUAUCGUUGACCGUUAAAUGUGCACUUUGUGGUAUUUAGGACCUUUUAAAAGGCACCCAAGUGAUAUUUACGAUCACAAAGGUUGUGCUAAGCGAGAGCCGUAAAGAUGCAUUAGGUAAUUCUGCUGCCUUUUAUUUUAAUCUCAUGUGCAUCUGUUGAUUGAUUUCUGUCACACAUUAAUUUAAUAUGGUGUUGCUGUGCCGUGUAGCGCCCGGUGUGUGGACAGUCCUCACUACAGGCAACUCAUUUUGCAUCUCAGAAUAUAAACCCGGGUUUUGCUAGAUCUAAAGGUGCUCUGCUUCCCAAAGUGGAAUAUGCAAAUGUGAUGAUUAAAUGUUAUAUCCAAUGUCGUGAUGUCACUGACAAGCUAUGAAAUGACAUCAUUUCACAUUGUGCGAUUAGUGCUGCUUUACUGGAGGGUGUGGUUGUGGAUGUUAAUAUAACAGUGUGGAAUGUGAUUCUGGGGAAGUAAAUAGUCUGAUUAUUUUUACUUGCUCUUAAAUAUUUUUAUUUCAUGGUGUAUGAAAGCUUACAUUGGCAUAAAACAAACAUGGCUGCAGUUUUUCAUCCUACUGUACCUGUGUCUCCACUCGGAGGUGAGCUAGUGUUCGAGCCUGACGAGCUUCAUAUGGUUUAAUAAUGUUUAGAUAUUAGAUUGAUGAGCUCGGACGCUAAGGAGAAGUCUUCCUCUUCAGGACAAGCACUGGUCUGCUCUCAGUGUGGCACGUUGUGUAAAGUCCAGCCCCGUGAGCCAGUAGUGUUCGGGCCAGACGGGGAGUGAUUUGUGGAUGGUCAUGUGAAAUGUGCGUUGUCAUGUGAUGUACGCAUGCUCAAAACACUUGUGUUUGGGUAUCGGGCGCUCUCUGUCUGAGUGUUGUGUUCUCUCAGUACUGUACUUUCACACUCCUGCACUUUAGAAGUUGCAGCUCGGAGCCGUGAGAGAACCGCAACGCGGUCAUUCGCAAUAAUGACACAAGCUGUGAUGUUCUGCUGAAACGAGCGGCAUGGAGACUAUUUCUCCCAUUUUCACACAUCAUAGUGCUCAUUGUGUCAGAACUGGGUUGUGUUUUAGGUCCGUUUCAUUACGGUCAUUUUCACUCUGCCGAGAUCUAAGGGCCUCUGCAUGCUCCUGCGACAGGGCUUUCACAGAUAGCUUUUCGCAGACAGUUGUAAUUUAUCGUUGAGCGGGGAGUAAUAGGCGUGCGCGAUGUUAUUCACCGCCACAACGCAAGGGGGCGCGAAGUCACGAAAUCGCUAGGAGUAGUUGGUGGGUGUGGUUAGUGGAGUGUUUAUCCUCCGGUUACUUAUAAUGACUAGAACUGGAGUCGUAUAGAUGUACGUACUUCCUCGCUUCCUCAAUCAACCGCUCUUCGUGCUGCUCCAUCUUCGCUCGUGUUUUUAAAAAUGGCGGUCGUGAAAACAAAACAAACCGGGAAAGUAGGGAAGCAGAAGUGCGUGUACAGCGGAUGUAGAGUGGACCAAUCAGAGCCCUCUUGUCUGCGACGCUGUCUGUGAGGAUUCUGCGGUGGUCACAAUUUUUGGGAGGUGCGCGCAGAGCGUCUGCGAAGGUGGGGGGGGGCUACGCAGACACCAUCUGCGACGCCAUCUGCGAGGACUGCGUUGUCAGUAUAAAUUGGCCUUUACACCCUCACACUCCCAGAACCCAUCCAUGAAUCCAGAAUCUCCUCAUUCUCAGAGUCGCACAGCUUUUCCUUUUAGGCUAAAUAAAAUAAAACGUAGCCGCGCUUGGCUAAUCAGAUUUCAACAGUUGCUCUGUCUCAAUGUUCACACGAAUGACUGUUGUAUACGCCGCAGACGCUAUCACACGAAACGUGAUCAUGAGAGAAUUUGCUGAUUUUACAUGUAGAAAAGAGCAGAAUGUGAACUCUGUGCUUCAUCUGAAGGAAUAAUAAACAGAAAAUGACAUGGACAAAAUAUCUUGAAACAAAUUUACCGGGGAAAAAGAAAUCUGACGUGAUUUGAUUAUAAACCGAGUGAAUUCUGACUGAAAGCGUUUCUGAAGCGUUUUAACUCGUUUGUAUUCAGCAGGACGAGUGACUCGGCGUGAACGUCCCACUGCUCUCAGGAACGAGGCACAAAAAUAACACCAUCAUGUUUAAAUCCACAGGAUUAGGUGCAGGAUUAAACUAGGUGUUAUAAUGAUCUACAGCCACUACAGAGCCUCACACUUUUACAUUUACACAAUAUCCUGAUCGCAGAUUUCUGAUUUUCGUGGAGAAGAAAGAGUAGGAGGCGGCACGGUGGUGUGGUGGUUAGCGCUGUCGCCUCACAGCAAGAAGGUCCGGGUUCGAGCCCCGUGGCCGGCGAGGGCCUUUCUGUGUGGAGUUUGCAUGUU